GCCACUUUAUGUGUAUGCGUUUAAUAUGGCUCGUUACAAACAUACAUUUCUAACAAUUACUGUAGCUCUCCAAAAUGAAUCCACCAUGUGCUUUUUCUUCUGGGUAUGUAAACUUGCAAAAACGUACAUUAUUAUUAGUAAGGCUUUCUGCCAAAUAAGCUCUUCAACCUUUUUUUUAAAACAACUUGACCUUUCAAAUAUAAAAAAUGUUGGUCAAAUUCUCCAAUUUGAAGUCAUAUAGAAUUUUUUUUAUUACGGGUUGAUAUAACUGAAUAUAAAUUUGUAAAAUUGACUUGCAUCUUAUAUAUUUAGAAGAUAAAAUUGAAAAAUCACUUUAAAAGUUUCUUUUGCAGAUAACCGUUAUUAUAAAGCAAAGUAGCAAGCUACAAAGUCGUAGUCAUAUUAAUCAUGAAAAACUGUACUCGUAUAUACAUACCUUAAUUAGCUAGUUUAGCUUUUUAAGAAUAUAUAUUUUUUUUAAAGUUGAUUUAUUAUGUCAUUAUAAUUAUGUAAAAGAUUACACAAAACUAAUUCAGUCACAUAUGAGUAUCGAUGUGAACGUAUACUAUAUCAAUACAAAAUAUGCUAUAUGCUAAUUAAGAGCGAACAUUGGUUAGUUACAAUGAACGUAUACAAAAGAGCGAACAUUGGUUAGUAUACUAUAUCAAUACAAAAGAUGCAAUUUAUUAUGACAUUACAAUUAUUAACGUAUAUUAUAUCAAUACAAAAUAUGCUAAGAGCGAUCAUUGGUUAGUUAAACCACAUACACAAAACUAAUUCAGUCGCAUACGAGCAUCGAUGAGUGUACCUAAAACAAGCAAUAGACUAAUUGUGUAAUAUUGAUCAUAUUGUUAAAACUAGCUCUAUGUUUUCUGAUAACAUCAACACCAAUAAAAAAUACAAUAUAAAAUUUUAUUGAGGAGGCUCUCAAAUGAUAGGCAAUAAAUAACAUUAUCACACAUGUUCUCUUUACAAAAUAUAGAUUUAAAAUGUGUAUAAAUAGUUAAACACACACACUAAUCGGCCAUACCUCUUCCAACACUCAUAAUCACUUUGGCCGCCAGCUUUCUUCACAUACACUCAAAUCUAAAAACAUCUCUUUCUCGACACAAAAAAAAAAAAAGUAUAUCAACACCUCUCUUAAUUUCUCAGUCGAUCAAUAUCAAGACAUAUAAUAAUAAUGGUGCCGUACCAAGAGCUCGCUCUUCAGAGAAGCUUCAGCUGCAACACAACAAGAAAGAUCAAUCCAGAGACCUCUCCGGCGCGUGGCUCUCAUUCCCGUUCUCCUUCCUCCUUUGCUUUGAUCCCAACCAUCCCUGAGCAUCAUGAACUCUUCCUCGUACCAAGCUGGAGACUCUCCUCCUCGUCUUCUUCUUCUUCCUCUAGCAGCAUCGUGAAAAUCAACUUGAAGCUUUCUUCCUUCUUACGUUGUCUCAUCAACCUCAUUAACCUCCCCGUUUGCAACUUCCUCUCGUUUCCUUCUUCCUCCAGCGUUUCUAACCAGAUGAUCUCUUUCCUCACCGGUGGCUCCUCUUCCCUCGGGAAAAGAGUCACAGGGACGUUGUACGGACACAGAAGAGGCCACGUCACGUUUUCAGUCCAGUACGGUCCGAGUUCCGACCCAGUGUUUCUCUUAGACCUAGCCAUGUCAACGGCAACUCUAGUCAGAGAGAUGUCGUCGGGGCUCGUCAGGAUCGCGUUGGAGUGCGAGAAACGUCACCGGUCGGGUACUAAGCUUUUCCACGAGCCUAAGUGGACCAUGUAUUGUAACGGGAGGAAGUGCGGUUACGCGGUGUCGCGUGACGGCGCCUGUACCGACUCGGAUUGGCGCGUGUUCAACACGGUAUCUAGGGUUACGGUUGGAGCUGGAGUUAUUCCGACGGCGAAGAGUAUUGAUGACGUGUCAGGUGGUGGAAAGGAGCUUGGGGAGUUGUUGUAUAUGAGAGGUAGAUUUGAACGAGUCGUGGGGAGUCGUGACUCGGAGGCGUUUUACAUGAUGAACCCUGACAAAAACGGAGGUCCUGAACUCAGUAUUUUUCUUCUUAGAAUAUAAGUAAAACAAAUAUGUUUUUAACUUAUUACACGAUGUGAAAAUGUCCUUAGUGACGUUUUAAAACAUUAGUGAUGAAUGUAAUGUUGUUUCAUGAAGUAUAUGUAAUCGAUAGUGAGAAUGCCUAGGAGGGUGUGUUAGGUUUUUCUAAUUGUUUAUUUGAUGUGGUAUAUUUGUUCUUUUUUUUUUUGUAAACUGCUUUCAAGUAUAUUUGUUCUUCUUUUUUUUCUUUUUUCUUUUUUUACUUUCUACAGAAAUUUUAUGUAUAAUUGCUUUGGUUAAGUAUCAAGAAUAUCAGGAUGUCAUGAUUAGUAUGUGGUUGCCUAUCCCAUUCCUAAAGUGUAUCUUUGGAUAGGUUAAAGAAAUCAAAUGGUUCAAGGCUUUAUGACUUCUUGAUGUGUUUAAUAAUGGGAAGGUUGUAGCCUCUGUUUAUGACUUCUUGAUGACUUCUUGAUGUGUUUAGUGGUCACGAUGUUAGUCUUUUCUUUGGUUUUGGUGGUCUACUACUCUACCGGUUGAUCAAAACAAUCCAUUUUGGUUUCCAAAUUUUUACCUUUUAAUAUAAUAGAAUUUUAUGGUCUCUAAACUGACAAAAGAAUGUAAAUAUAUGCAUGGAUCAUCCAGUUUUUACACCGUGAUUGUUUCAUGUCAUAAAUUUCACAGUCGGUUGAUGUUUUGCUAUAGUAGGUUUUUGUUAAUAUUAAGUGGAGGACCUGGAGGUACGUAUAGAGUCCUUCUCUGUAGUUUGGGCAGGAGUAGGUGGUUUUGAGUUAAAAGGGUCUUGGCUCUCAUGCGGGUCGGGUCGUAUUGGUCCUGCGGGGACUCUCCUUUGGGUUACUUUAUUACAAAAUUCAGCAGUUGUCCAAAAAAGAUAAGUGUUUGCAUUGGUUGCUUAUAUGCAAGGCAUGAAGACCCGCACAUGGUCCGCCAUGAUUAAUGCCAAAAUCAGGAUUUUAAACUGAACCAGAUUCGUUUUUUACAACAAAACACGGCUAGACCGGUUUGAUCCGGUGGUCCAGUUUUCAAAACACUGGAUUAAAGGAAUAAUAUCACAACAUUCGGCUCGAUAUACAUUCUACUACAUAAACCAUACUAUACUAAUUGUUUUAAGAAAAAACAUUUAAUCUAACAUUUUACCAAAAAAACAUUUAUUCUAAAAUCAUUGUAUCAUAUAUGCCUAGUUGACCUUAUUAUAUAUCUUUAUAG